AUGCCUCCGGCGUUCAGUUCGUCAGAACCCCAAGAUGUUGACCCCAAAUAUGCUAGCUUCUCAACAACUUGCAGGAUUCCUCUACAUCUCAUGGAGAACCUCAGUGUAGGAAGAUCCAGACGACAACCCCAAUCCAUAUCCCUUCGAUAUAACCCGAUUUCCAGUCGACACCGCCAUAUCCAACGAUUAACAGUUUCAUCGGAUAGCUUUCUGUCCGUGUCGCAGCUGCUGAGUGCCCUGCAAAGUAUGCAAUCUCUCAGCUCGCUCCACAUACAACGCCCGUAUAGCAACUCAGUAGCUGAAAUAUCGAGCAACACUCCCAUACCUCAUAUCGAUAGAAAACCGCGCCUUCAACGAUUAGAAUCGCUGGCGAUAUCGGCACCCAUACCCACCUGCGCUACAAUUCUUACCUGUCUUAUGGUCCCGGUCAACUGUGCGUUGGUAUUGGAGUGCCAUCUCGCAAGCCCUGGACCAUAUCUCGACGAGGUGCUUAACCACAUAAAAGGUCGAAUGGGGUUCUGGGGGUGCGAACCGACCUCAGGGGGAAGUCAAUGUUUGCAAAUAGAUGCCUCACACUUUCAGUAUAGUGUGGAAGUCCCUCAUCAAAGUCCCUACAUGACUGUUGACCGCAUCAGAGGGCAUACACGAAAGAUAGUAAAAUUUCAACCUUCCAUCUCCCUUUCUAUCUAUUGGCCUCAGACACUCUCUGGUCCAGAACGAAUGAGCACAAUAACGACUCUUUUUUCUCGGUGCAUGGCGUCCUUUCAACAUAGCAAAUAUCUUCCUAUCACUCUCGAGAUCGAUGUCGACAACGACCUCGCAAUCACUCCCGAGUUACAUGGAGUGAUCCUUGAAUGGUUGGCAUUAGUAAGUGAUUACGACUCAGCAGGAAUUUACGACGUCAAACUCAGGACAUCACAAUCGGUUUUCUUGAUUAUGAACGCUAUCCAAAAUAGCGAGAUAUUACCUGACCUUUCAUGCCUGAUCUUCAUCAAGAUUUGCUUCGAAGGCUCUCGGAUGCUACGGCGCGCCUGGAAACUUCUUCUUUCCUCCAUCGAUAAGCGUAGUAGAGAAAGCGAAAGCGACUGCUCGGUGGAAUUUGUACUGUGCGAGUUUUCGAACUUCGACGCUAUUUUGAAGAUGACAAAUGCAAUAGUAACAUCUCUCUCCAUAAAUGGGAAGGACUACAAUGAUUUCAUGGAUGAAUCCAUGGACGACAAUGACUAUGAUUCGGAUGACACCAUUCAUGGACAUUAG